AGGAGGCUGCGUCGCUGGUUCGGGGGGCAGCUGCAGCCUCUGUAGUCCUCUCCAGUCUCCUGUGUGCGGUGGCCCGGCGGACGCUCCGGCUCCGGCGGUGACGAGGCCCUGUGCUGCAGUCCACGUCCGCAGCGUGCGGCGGACAGACAGGGCCGCUGGUCCAAUCAAAUCGCUCGACAUAUUGAGGUUGCCAAAUCAAAGCCAAAGAGGAGGCGCCGGCGACGUUUUCGUCGGAAUGACGUCAUGCACAAACAGCUGGUCGCUGGCAGAUAAUCAGAAAAAAUGUAGACCAGCAGAGCGCCUGAGACCUGCAGCCGGGCUGGAGCCCUCCUCACAACGCGUACGGCUUUUAACGAUGUUGCAGCUGGAGCGUCGGGGCUCGGGAUGUAGCCCUCCGAGGCUCCUCUUGCUUGUUUACACCUUUUUCUGCGCUGUUGGAGAUUGCCUUUUUGUGACCGAUUACUUCACCCGUACGCCUCGUAAGCUAAAUGCUUUCAACUCCUUCGCCAGUGUGGAGCUGUUCCACUUCAAUGUGCCUGAAGACACAAUGAUGGCCGUUUGGAACCUCAUCACCUUCAAGGAGCAAGGGGGCACGUUUGGAGACAGCUGCCCAAACCGCAAUGUGACAGUGUAUUUCAGGUCAGGAGCUCCUCCGGUGAUCAACCCCCUUUACACCCGCUUCCCUCGGGAUACGGUUGUCCCGGGGUCCUUCGCCGUGACCCUGACCUGGACUCUUCCAAACCGAACAACCGGAGCGUUCAAUGUGACUAGCCCUCUCCCAGGAGACUGGUUCUUAGCCGCACAUUUACCCAAGGAUGAAGGCAAGAUCUCAGUCAAGGGUUUGUCUGAGGAAUGCCAGUAUUUGUUCCAACCACAGCUCAUUGUCCAGAAGUUGAUUGGAAUUUCGGUGCUUUAUCCUGGAUACUUCAUUGACCAGAUGAUCCCAAUCCAUAACAGAUCAGCACUUUACAAGGUUUUCAUUCCCAAUUAUAUAUCAAAGGUGAAGGUUCAGCUGGUAAACUGCAGCACCAAAAACAAAAGCAGCGACACCUGUCCCGUGGUGCUGAAGAUGAGAGCGCGGGCGCCGCCGGUGCACAACUCGAGUGCCCUUGACUGCAGGGAGUGGAACCCGUGUGAAUUAGUUACCCUCGUACCUGCCUGGGAGCAAUGGUACUACAUCCUCGUUGAGAGGUAUCUGAGUAACUCAGACGUCUACUUUCGCAUCGGUGUGCAAGUCACAGAUUGCUCCAAACCCAGCUCAUCGAAGGACCGAGCACAGUACAGCUCGUCCAUGAACAUGCCUCAGUCUUUUGGAACAGCGAUGGGCUUCUCUCUGUCAGAUACGCUGCUGAUGGCAUCACUGCCUGGCUUGUCUCAGAAUGCUAGUCACCUGCACACCUCCGAGGACAGCAUCAUUUACCUCGCCCCCACAGCAGACACGAACAAAUGCUGGCCCAUUCGCCCCACCCUGCGUAACGAGCUGGAUACCUUCUCUGUGCACUUCUAUGUCUUCUUUGGUCCAAACAUAUCCAUUCCACCUGACCGGGCCGCUGUGUUCGCCAUCAACUUGAUGCCUGUUUUAGACAGCGGAGGGGUCCUCAAUAUGGAGCUCAAAUUAAACUUGUCUACGCUGAAAGGAGCUAAUCUGACUGUGUUUGGCUGCCUUAAUCACGGAAUGCCUCUCUUCUUGAGAGAAAAUUCAUCGCUAAAAUGUGACUCAGAAUCAGUUGCUGGGUUUUUCCUCUCUGUCAACGUGUCCUCUAAUAUUACCAAACUGAGAAUUCCCUACCCACAAACAGGAACCUGGUACCUCAGUCUGCGCUCCUUAUGUGCCACUGAACACGGGUUUGAAGCAUGCACCAAUGUAACGGCAGAGGUUUAUAUGCGUGCAUACCUUACUCCAUGCAUCAAUGAUUGCGGGACAUAUGGACAGUGCAAGCUCCUGCGAACCAACAACUACCUUUAUGCUGCAUGUGAAUGCAAAGCAGGCUGGAAUGGUUGGGGCUGCACCGACAACUCCGAAGCCUAUUCUUACAGCUUCCAGCUCCUCUCCACCCUCCUGCUCUGUCUCAGCAACCUGAUGUUCGUCCCGCCUGUGGCCAUUGCCAUUCGAAGCCACUACCUGCUGGAGGCUUCAGUCUACAUCUUCACCAUGUUUUUCUCCACUUUUUACCAUGCAUGUGACCAGCCUGGUAUCGUGGUCUUUUGCAUCAUGGAGUAUGAUGUUCUGCAGUUCUGUGACUUCCUUGGGUCCCUUAUGUCAGUGUGGGUCACAGUUAUUGCUAUGGCAAGGCUAAAAUCCAUCAUCAAACAGGUGCUGUAUCUGCUGGGGGCGAUGUCUCUGUCCAUGGCUCUGCAGCUGGACCGUCACGGUCUGUGGAACCUGCUGGGACCUAGCCUGUUCGCGCUGGGCAUAAUGGCUGUAGCAUGGACUGUGCGCACCAUCCGCCGCCGGCGCUGCUACCCUCCCACGUGGAAGCGCUGGGUCUUCUUCCUGUUCCCCGGCACCAUGAUCGCCACAUCUGCUGUGGCUCUGUACGCCUUCGUGGAGACGGAGGAGAACUACUUCUACAUCCACAGCAUUUGGCACAUGCUGAUCGCAGGGAGCGUGGGCUUCCUUUUGCCACCUCGCGCCAAGCCAGACGCCAAGGUGACCCCGCUGAAGCGCAAGCGGGGCUGCGGAUAUCAGCUGUGCGUGAACGAACACGAGGAACUGGGCCUGGUGGACCCAGGCAUCAUAACCAUCAAUAGCAUCUGUACCAGCUGAUAAACUCCACAUUCACUACUUUUUACCUUAGAGACACUUCAUUGCCUUCUUUUACUGCAGAAAUUCACACAUGGAAAUGAAGCCACAGAACUUUAAAAAAGGAAGAAGAAAAAAAUGUAAAUACUUAAAUCCUAAUGUGACACUGAAAUUUCUUUUUCUGUUGUAAUGGUCAUGGUAAUUAUGAUCAGUAUGUAAUUAUUAUCUAUAGUUGAAGUUCUGAUGAUUUGUGGGUGUAUAGUGACACAGUGUUGCUUGUGGAUAUGUAUUUAAAGUCAAAGCUGAAACACUGCUGCUAUCUGACGGUGACUGUAAAUCUGCUUCUGUUGGUUAUUUAUUGCUGGUCUUGUAAGCAGGCCAAGAACUAUAGUGUGGGAAGGUACGGGUUGCUGUUAACGGUGGACAAAGAUGGACGUUUACCAAGGGCACGGCUUUUCUGAAAUUCUUUUAAGAUAUAUCUUUUGCACUGAGACACAAAAAUGUUAGUCUGUAAAUUUUUAUAACAACAAUGGGCAUCACAAAUGUAAAACCUAGCUGUCAUGUGGAAUGUUAGACUGUCUUUUGCAAAUGCAAUGUAUCACUUUUACACGAAUGUGCUGAGUGUUCUUAGAGGAAAAAAAAAAACCAAACCUCCUGAAAGAGAAGAGAAAAGGCAGGAAUACCUAAAAUGAUAGAUUUUUAUUUAUUUAUUUUUUUUUUAAAUGAGGUUGUAAGGUGUAUUUGUCAGCAUCUUACCAACAGCUAAAUGCAUUCUGAGUCACCUCAGUUGGAGAAUUACUGAAAAAUUUUCUUAGAAGAGGAA